GUACUAAACAAAUUGACUGACCCAGUCAAUACUUUAGAAAAUUAUAAAGACGUACCAAGUUUCUCAUCUACAACCCCACUUAUCAUUUUUUUCCUCAUCUUUAACAAUGGUCCGACCAAUGAGAAAACGACGAAAAAGUCAACACAUACGACGCGUUUAUGUUGACUAAUAUAAUCCUCGCCGUCUCCUUUGGUCUGAAUCUAAUGAUCCUAUGUUUAAAUUCAGGAGAAGUUCUUGUGCUCACUUCGAAAUCAAAACUACAUAACACACUCACAACCAUGGCCGCGCGUGCACUCCACUUGCUCUCUAUCUCCACCUUACUCCUCCUCUUCUUCGCCACGUCACCGUCGACAGCUCAGCAACCGUACGUGAACAACCACCAGCUCGCCUGCGAGGUCCGCACUUUCGACAACAUAACCAACGGAUUCACCUGUAACGGCCCAACCUCUUGCCGCUCUUACCUCACUUUCUGGUCUCAACCACCGUACAACACGGCUGACUCAAUCGCCAAACUCCUCAACGUCUCCGCCACCGAGAUCCAAACAACCAACGACCUCCCCACCAUCACCACCACGAUCCGUACACGUCAACUAGUCGUCAUCCCAGCUAACUGCUCCUGCUCCUCCUCCACCUCCUCAUCAGGAUUUUACCAGCACAACGCAACUUACAAUCUCUCCGGGAACAGAGGAGAAGAGACUUAUUUCUCGGUGGCUAACGAUACUUACCAAGCUUUAUCCACGUGUCAAGCCAUGAUGUCACAGAACCGUUACGGCGAGAGACAGCUUACCCCCGGAUUAAACCUCCUCGUUCCUCUCCGAUGUGCUUGCCCCACCGCGAAACAAUCCGCCGCCGGAUUUAAAUACCUCUUGACUUACUUAGUCGCUAUGGGAGAUAGUAUCUCCGUCAUCGCCGAUAUGUUCAACAGCACAACCGCCGGUAUAGCCGAAGGUAACGAGCUUAAAUCAGAAUCAGACACUAUCUUCUUCUUCACUCCGAUUCUUGUUCCUCUCAGAACCGAACCAUCCAAAAUCGUUUUAUCUCCGUCGCCUCCUCCACCUCCUGUUGCUGCUCCGCCGCCGCAAACAACGCCGGUGGAUCCUCCGGGAUCUUCUUCUUGUUCUCACAAAUGGAUUUACAUCGGAAUCGGAAUCGGAGCUGCUGCUUUGCUUCUCUUAAUCUCAAUUUUAGCUCUCUUCUUCUACAGACGAAAGUCUAAGAAGAAAUUAACAACGACGACGGCGACGGCGACGGAACAGAACAAGUUCACUGAUUCAUCUACCAAACAGUCUCUUCCCACAACGACGAGCCAAUGGUCAAUUGAUUUAUCAAACUCAUCAGAAGCUUUUGGUUUAAAAUCAGCAAUCGAGUCUUUAACACUAUACAGAUUCAACGAUCUUCAAUCCGCUACUUCUAACUUCAGCGAAGUGAACAGAAUCAAUGGCUCUGUGUAUCGCGCUACGAUCAACGGUGACGAUGCGGCUGUGAAAGUGAUCAAAGGAGAUGUCUCUUCCUCUGAGAUCAAUCUCUUGAAGAAGCUAAACCAUUCCAAUAUCAUCCGUCUCUCUGGUUUUUGCAUCCGUGAAGGAACCUCGUAUCUUGUGUUCGAGUAUUCGGAGAAUGGAUCGAUUAGUGAUUGGCUUCACUCAUCGGAUAAGAAGAAGACUCUGACGUGGAAACAGAGAGUUGAGAUAGCGAGGGAUGUGGCAGAGGCGUUGGAUUAUCUUCAUAACUACGUAACGCCGCCUCAUAUACAUAAGAACUUGGAAUCUACAAACGUACUUCUUGAUUCUGAUUUUAGAGCCAAGGUUUCUAAUUUCGGGGUUGCGAGGAUUCUUGAUGAAGGUGGUGAUCUUGAUCUUCAGUUGACGAGACAUGUUGAAGGAACGCAAGGCUACUUAGCUCCAGAGUAUGUGGAGAACGGAGUUAUAACUCCGAAACUAGACGUGUUUGCUUUUGGAGUUGUGGUUCUUGAGCUUCUUUCAGGGAGAGAAGCAGUGACGAUACACAAGAAGAAGAAAGAAGGCGAAGAGGGAGAAGAGGAAGAAGUGGAGAUGUUGUGUAAAAAGAUAAACGAUGUGCUUGGAGGAGAGAAUGUGAGAGAGAAGUUGAAAGAGUUCAUGGAUCCAUCUCUAGGGAAUGAGUAUCCGUUGGAGCUGGCUUAUACCAUGGCUCAACUUGCCAAGAGCUGUGUCGCUACUGAUCUCAACUCGCGCCCAUUGGUAUCUGAGGUUCUAACCACGCUCUCGAUGAUCGUCUCCUCUUCCAUUGAUUGGGAGCCUUCUCAUGACCUUCUACAUUCAGGCUCUCUUGGCCACUAGUUCAUUUUUUUUUUUGUUCUUAAUGUCAAUAACUAGUAUUUAGAUUUUAGAUUUUAGAUAAGGCCAAAUAUUUAAGUUAAUAGAUAAAAUAAGGACCACAUUGUGAAACAAAGUAUAAUAAAAAACAUAUUGUAUGAUAGAGCAACUUUAUUUAGAUCUUUGGCAUAUUUGCUUUAGUAGUGUUUUGUACUUCAGAAAAGUUCAUUUUCUUCCAAUGACAAGUAGAAUCUUACCA